AGCAACACGAUUCAAUGGUUCCACUUGACAAAAAUAAAUAAAUAGGACCUGUCAGUGAGCGAAACGCCGAAUCAGGAUCACGUUACUGGCUGUCGUUCUUGAUAAUGUGAUUGGGGACCACUUAUCGGGCCCGUUUGAGUUAUGGAACUAGUUAUGGAAGACCCACCAGACCGAGAUUUCCAUCUCCAACAAGAAGAAGAAGCAGCGGCAGCAGGUAUCAAGGAAGAGGCUACAGAUGAGAGGAUCACACAGUGUUCAGAAGGUGAUCAGCAUGAGGAGAACUCUGUCAUUCUGACUGAUGGGUGGAGUCAAGGCGAUUUGGACGAGCCAAAUGUGGAGAACGGCGCCGUCCCUGCGCUUGACCCCGAUGGAAAUAUCGAUGAGUCUGACCACGGUUCCGCAGGCUCACAGAGCAAUGAGGACCCAACAAGGAAAGACGACGACUCUGCCGCUGGGGAAGACCAACCAGGGGAUGAGGAAGCACUGGAAGACAUCACGCCAGCAACACAGCGCGACGCCAUCCCCGAUCAUGUAGACGGCCCGAAAGAAAGUCUCCAGGAAGACCGUCUGGUCCUUAAUGACACAGAUCGCAAUGAUCUAAAAGAAUCGAGAAUUUGGGAUCCUGAGGGAAAAGAGGCCGCGCAGAUGCCGCAGAAAGCCUCAACGGAGAAGCUGAGGGAUGAACUGAGGACUAAAGUGGAGACCAUCGGCCCCACCACUCAGGAAACGUCCGUUUUAGGAGUGACUGGAAUCCCUGGAGUAAGAAGAUACCUGAUUGGCAUCGGCAUAGUAUUGGCACUCGUCGCCAUCUUGGUGCAGCUCGUUCUCCGGCCCGAGCCUCCGCCUCCGAGCGCCACACCGCCGAUCGACAUCUUCCUCAGGCAGCUGGAAAAAGUCGAGACUCGCUUCCAUCGCCAGCGCCCCGAGCUGUGGAUCCGCAGCCGGAUCCACCUGAAGAGGCACCUCCUGACGCAACGGCCCAGCGAGCCCGUCAGUCUGAUCCUGACGGCGGGGGUAGCGGGCCGCCGGACGUUGCGAUGCCUGGCCCGCGACCUGGCCUCCGCCUUCUCCUCCGCCCUCAACGCCUCCGUGCUGCACAUCGACGGCGCCAGUAAAGUCGGAGAGGAUAGCGACCAGGUGAAGCUGGACAUCGACGGCCAGCUGCAGGUCGCCUUUGAAGGGGACAAACCCGUGGCGGUGAUUCACCGCUUCGAGCAGCUGCCCCCGGGCUCCACCCUCAUCUUCUAUCGCUACUGCGACCACGAGAACGCGGCGUACAAGAAGACCUUCCUCAUCUUCACCGUGCUGCUGGAGGGAGAGGAGGAGAUACCAGCCGGGACUUCUUUGAGCGCCGUGGAGGAGAUGGUUGACGACCACCUCCAGAGGAAGUUCCUCUCGCACGGCCGUCCUCUGGCCUUCGACAGGAUGGACCUGGACAAGUACGGCGGACUGUGGAGCCGCAUUUCGCACCUCAUCCUUCCUGUUGCCACGGAGGCGUGGACGGAGCGUGAAAGCUGCUCGUGACCAUUCGGAUUAUCUUUUACUGCCUCUUUGAGGUUGGUGGCGGAUUUUCGACAAAUUUGCUGAACAGUUGUUGGACGGUGAUCAAGUCUUGCGUAUCAACCCCUAUGUGUUACUAAGGAAAUGAAGGACAUUUUUUAUUUUAAAUAAAUCAAAGUUUUAAAAAUGUAUCAUGAAAAUCAGUUCUAUAUCUUGCCUCGCUUCAUAAAAACCAACCAAAAUAAAUUUAAAUUUGAAAAUAAAUGUACAUCGUGUAAUCCUACACAUAAAGAUAGUCUUACAAAAUCCAAACUGGA